CGCCGAGGCCACAGCGGCCAGCAGUGUUCGUGGAGGCGGCGGCAGCGCUGCAGCUGAGCUGAGGCGAGGAGGAGAUGGUGGGCCCCGGGCUGGAGUACCGCGUGGUGCGCGGCGGCGCGGCCGACUGCUCGCGCGUGGAGAGCUUCCUGCGGCGUGUCUUCUACCCGCGCGAGCCGCUGUGCGCCGCACUGGGCUUCACGGCGGGUCCCGCGGACGCGGCGGACAUGCCCGCGCUGGACGACCUGCGCGCCGGCUGGUCGCUGCUCGCCGAGCGCCGCCAGGACGGCGCGCUCGUCGCCGCCUGCAUCUGCGCGCUGCUGCAGCCGGACGAGGGCGGCGGCGCCGCCGGGCACCACCGGCAGUUUGGGGACGAGCGCAUGGCGGAGAUCUGGCGCGUCGUGGGCGGCGCGCACGCGGCGGCCGGGCUGCAGGGGCGUCUGGCGCUGGACGUGUCGGUGCUGGCGGUGGACCCCUCGCUGAGGGGCGCCGGCCUGGGCCUCGAGCUGCUGCGGCGCGCCGCCGACGUGGGCCGCGAGGCCGGCGCCCCGCUGCUCACCGUGGUCUGCACCAGCGCCUACUCGGCGCGCCUCGCCCACAAGCUGGGCAUGCGCUGCCUGCACAGCCUGCCCUACCAACAGGCCGGCCUCGCCCACCUGCCCCAGGAGCCGCACACGCACGUCCACGUCUACGCACUGGACCUCUAACAGGCAUCCCACUGAAACUUCUCUUACCCUGGAUGAAAGCGAAGUAGUGGAGGUGGAGGGACGCCAUCACCUGCAACACACAGGCCGGGCUGCUGAUCACAAGCCUAAGGGAAGGUGCGACAGCUGACGGCCACAACUUCGGGGAAAGUGUUUCCUGUCUUUCAGCAAAGGUGUAUUUGUGUCUGUCAGCGAAAUAACGGUACUGACUUCCAGAUGUGAUGUGAAAAGACCAUUUUCUACCGUUUUCCAUCGCGCAAGGACAGUGCAGAAAUGUCUAAUGUUCUUUAAUAUAUUGACAAUAAAUAUAAACAUUAAUAAGAGAGAAGAUACGAUAAAACAGGAAAAUAUAUAAUAAUCUGAAUAUA